CAGGGAAACCCGUUACUUCCUCUUUUUUUUCCAGUAGACGGCCGUAUAAAAACAUGCCCGCUGGCGCGGAGUCAACAGAGCCGGAGAGCCGGAGAGACAGGCGGAGGGACAGGCGGACAGACAGGCAGACAGGCAGACAGACAGGCAGACAGACAGGCGGAGCAGUGCACACAUCACCAUGUCAUCCACAGACCUGGAGAGCUUGGAGAACGGAGCCGCGCGCUCCCGCUGCAGGCGCAUGGACGCGUGCCUUGUCGGUUCCGUGCUCGCGCUGUUCGCGCUGACGGUGGCGGGGUUCGCGCUCGCGCUGCUCUUCGCGCUGGGGCUGAAGACCGAGGUGGACAACAUUAAGAAGAGGCACGUCUCCGACAGUCCAGCGCUCGGCUUCCAGCACGCGGACGCAGGCUCGAACUACAAGGCGCAGAACUUUGCCUACCUGCGAGCCACCAACAGCGAGGUGAAACCAGGAGUGAUGCUGUGGGAGUCCAUAUCCUACGGGAACGGGAAGACGGUGGGCUCGGCUUACACCUACAACUCCAAUCACGGAAUGCUGAGGGUGGAGCGCGAGGGAGGCUACUUCCUAUACACGCAGCUCAACCUGUCCUGCGUCCACCAAUGCAACAAUGCGUCGCUGACCCUCACGUUCCUGAGCGAGGACAAAAACGAGCAGCUCUCCUGCACCGUGAAGCUGUCGGCCACGCACUGGGACCCCGUGGUCCGCAAGUGCUGGAACGUGAUCCCGCAUCUGGAGAAGAAAACCCAACUCCUGGCUAGGAUAACCUCGGACACGGACCUGAACAGCUGGCAGCUGGACCUCAACAGCUCCGGCUUUGGGAUAUUCCUCGUGGACGGGGUAGAGAAGGAAUAAUGGUCAGCAGGCGCUCGUUGGUGCGCAGUCGGGUACUGUAAGAAAGCUCAGCCGGAGGUGGACUUUCUAUAGUUGGAAAGACAACCUUUGGGGGUCCGAGCCCUUUGCACUUUGAUCCACUCAGGAGAGACUCUCAGGAAGCACUAUUUUUAUACUCAUAUCACCUAUUUAUAUUGCAUUUGUACAUACCUGGUUUUCUGAUAUUUAUGGAGUAAUUUAUGUGUAAAGUUAAUAAUAUGUGUACCGUUUGCUGUGAGACAGUGGAAAAGGUGUUUACUGUUAGACAGUAGCUGAGAAGUAGACGUCACUACGGAUUAGCCAUGCCAGUGGCUGCGUCUGAGUUUAGGUUAGGUUAGCCUUCCAGGAAAGAUCGGCUAUCAAUGGACACAAGACUUGAAAGUGCCUUUGUAUUCACAUGGUGCCUUGGAAUGGGAAUGUUGAUGCAAUGAGCGGCGUUCCAGUUUGGUUGUGGUAAAGCCAGCAGGCCACCUCCCAGAGAGGUGCCGGAUUUACAGACGGGGGCAAGACCGCUGUUGUUAUACUGGACUUUACAGGUGAAUGUGGUGCAGUCAUGCAGUCAAUAAAACGACUUUUUUAAUCGUA